GAGGGCGCAUUCGAGGAACGUAGCAGCGCAAGCGCAGCUCUCAGCUUUCUCUCUGUAAAGUCUUCGAUAAGGUGUGCGUGCAGAAAUUUAUAUUGAGUUUUUAAUCGAGCUUCUCUCUUUGUUCUUUUCUGGCACAACCAGGAAGAUUCUUGCCUUUUUUUGGAAUUUCUUUCGGGUGUUUUAGAUACCUCCUAUUUCUUUUUUAAAGGUUAUAUACUACGAGGAUCGACUCCUUCUAAAAAAUAGACUGAAAAUACAUCUGUAGAUGAAAAGAGAAAAGGACGUGUGUGCUAUCUAAGCCUUUGGAUGCGUCGAAAGCAUUUCAAGUUUCCACAACUUGAGAAAUUUUUUCCACGAAGGAUUCAACACUACAUACACAUAGUCGUCCACAGAAACUACAAUGGGGAAAAAUAAGAAAACGCGCAAAGUUGUGAUGCAGAGAUUUGCUCAGAUGAAAAGGAUGAUUAGUCUGAGCGAUUCGCGAAUAAAGCCAGAGCAGCGGCUGCCAUCAAAGAAAACUCCGAAGGAAGAUAAGACUAAAAUAAAAAUCACUGAAGCGCCACAACAAUCCUCUGCAUUAUUCUUCCAAUAUAACAUGCAGCUUGGACCACCGUAUCAUAUUUUAGUUGACACAAACUUCAUUAACUUCGCAAUUAAAAACAAAUUAGACAUAAUACAGAACAUGAUGGAAUGCCUCUAUGCAAAAUGUACGCCGUAUAUAACGGACUGUGUAAUUGGCGAGUUAGAGAAGCUUGGACAGAAGUAUAAAUUGGCAUUAAGAAUCAUCAAGGAUCCAAGAUUCGAAAGAUUAAAGUGUAUGCACAAGGGAACCUAUGCUGAUGAUUGUCUCGUUAACAGAGUAACACAACAUAAGUGCUAUAUCGUUGCAACAAAUGAUAAAGAUUUGAAAAGAAGAAUACGAAAGAUACCAGGUGUACCAAUAAUGUAUAUAUCUCAGCAUAGAUUUACAAUAGAAAGGAUGCCCGAUGCUUAUGGCGCACCCAAGAUAUAAUAUAAUUUAUUGAAACUGCCGGUUUUUAAUAAUUAUCUUUUUGUAUUAAAAAUAUACAAAG